GCAGGUGUGGUCCCGGUGAGAGCCGAGGAAGCGCCCAAGGACAUCAGAAUGGCAACAUACACACAUGGUCAGCCCAGUCUUUCUCUGGAAGAUGGAAAACUCAGAAGACCAAUGAUCAUCGAAAUCAUAGAAAAAAAAAUUGAAUAUCUUAGAAAAGAAAAGACUUUAAAUAUAUAUGGCACAGCGUUCCUUGGAACAGCAGCUAGUUUCUCUGGAAUAAUGGCCAACUUCAUUUUCAGACAUUGCUUCAAGGUUAAACAUGAUGCUUUGAAGACGUAUGCAUCACUGACUACACUUCCGUUUUUGUCUACUGUAGUCACUUAUAAGCUCCUUGUAACGGAUGCUUUGUAUUUGGGCAAUAUAAGCCAGGAAAAUUGUGUUCUGAGAAGUUCACUGAUUAGCAUAAUAUGUGGUGUUUUAUAUCCCUGUGGUUUGGCUUUCUCUAAAAAUGGACGCCUUGCAGUCAAGUAUCAUACUGUUCCAUUGCCACCAAAAGGAAGGGUUUUACUUUACUGGCUGCUGCUUUGUCAGACAGAGAUAAAAGCCAUGAUGAUUCCUCUAGUCUUAGAGACGGCCUUUGGAAUAUUUAAUGGUCUACAGCAUUAUGCAAGAUUUGAAAGUAGACGAGAAAACUGUACAUGAAGAUUAAUCAAAGAGUGAAUGGAUACUAAA